AUGAGUGACAUUCAACGAAGAGUAUCACACUGUCCUACCGCUAAUUCGAGACACAUUACCCUCAUGCCAAGCCCACACGGCCAGCAAAGAAGCGCAACAGCAGUCCAGCCUGUAUCAACUCCCGCUCCAGGACGACGCUGUGCAUCAGGCGCAAGACGUGCCCGCAUUCAGAAGCCUUCAAGCAGAGCCCGUGGCCGUCCGCGACUGUCCAGAGGCGUGGCCACCCUGCUCGAUGGCCAAGUUUACAUCACUCCCGCGCCGGAAGCAAGGGACAAUGACCCUCCGCCAAACCCUUCCCACACCAAUCCUCUUCGAACCGACACUAGUCUGCACGCCUGCAGUGACUCCAGCCUCGCAUUUGUCGCAUCAUCUGGCCUGCAGACUUCAAGUGACACCGAUGCCAUCGCCUUGAACUUGAUGGACUACUUCCUCUUCUCCGAGCCCAACUGGUUGCCCGAGCUGUUGUACUGUAGACUCCAUGCAGCUUGCUUCCUUGCGGCAAGCAGAGUGACCGGCCUGUCGAACACGGCUGAGCAGAUCGCAGAUGCUCUUGGGCCGGACAGCGUAUUUGUUAGCGAGACGGCGGCGCUGAUGGCUGUGGAUGAAGAGGAGGCUGAGGCGAUUCGGCAGUCGAUCAGCUUGGAUCGGCAAGAGGUGGAGGAUGGGUAUCGGCUGCUGUAUGAGCGGAGGAACAAGCUUGCGGUGGCGAUGGGACGGUAUGCGGCUGAGGUAGAGAAGUUGCCGACACCGCAUUCAUCCUUCCGGGCAGAUGAAGAGGUGGAAAAGUCGGUGGACGUGGUGGAAGAGAACUUUGAUGUCUUCGAAGAGUAA